GAAGUACUCUCGCCAUCUCUACGACUCUUGAAAGGCGGCAGGAAAACUUCCUAAGCUGCGGAACAGCGACAUUUCCAGUACCACCCGAGAGGCCCUGAGGCCCAAGUGUGGUUGGAACAGCCUCGCUGACCCUAAGAGGGUUCUUUAGUCCGUGGGAUCCCUGUGCGCUGUGCCUCUCUGCGCUGUGACGUUGUGUGCCACUGCGCCGCUAGUCUGUGGGAUCCGCGGGGCCGCGGGGUCGCUGUGUCUCUGCGCCGCUCUGCCGCUCUGCGUGCCGCGCGCCCGUUUCUAAAAGAUGGCUUCUGGAGAGGGCGCCUAUCGCCGCAAUUACAAAAAGAGUUCCUACUACUACAGGAACUCUAAAUUUGCAGCUGAAGCUGAGGGCCAAAGUAAAAAUGAGGAACCAAAGUUCGCAAAGUGUGAUGGGCUUGAAGAGCAAGGCCCUUCAAAGUUUUGCCAGGGCUUCCCGGGAAAAGAAAAGGGGUGGAAUGCCCUGGAUGCGAAGCCAAGACGGGCACACGGUCGUCGAAUGCCAGCCAGGAAUACUCCCUUCCAUCCUCCGAAACAGCCAUCCCCAGAGAUGAGCAGCCCAGCUGAGAGAAAUGUGGUUGUAUCUCCUGGUAAAAUGCUCAAUGAGAAGCCAUUUGGCAACCAAAGAACAUUCUGCGAAAAAUGCACUUCAGCCCUACAAUUUCUGGAUGUUGAUGACCUCAACUCAUUAAUCCUAAAGCUUAAGGAAAAGGUCGUGCUCGAGCACCCUUCUUCAAGAAGGUAUUGGCAUGAUAUUGAAGAGACUGCCACAGUCAGAAUCUCUCAGGAGGAGCUAUGCUCCGAGAGUCUCCCAGUAGUUUCACAGCCUUCACCUCACCAGAAUGACUAUGGCAUUCAACAGCCUAAUUUGUACUACAGCCCUUGGAAUGACUACACCAGCUCUUGGGUCAGCAGUCUCAGGCAUCCGUCCUGUUUUCCCACUGACGGUGGUGACAGCAGCACCACUACCACAUUCCAGGCUGAGAGCGGCAGCAAGAAUCACGUGGAGACUUAUACCUACUCUGCAGUUCUUUCCCAAAAUAUAUCCAGAAAGCUGAAGGUGACAGAAGAGAAAUCCAAGAACUCUGGAUCAUUUCAUUUCUCCAGAAAUUUAGAAGCAGCCUCAACGGUGAAAACGUAUCAAGAGGAGAAGUUGCAACCCCAUGGAGCACAUGCAUCUGGCUUCCAGCAACGCAGUCACCAGCAGUCAUACCAAGCAGAGGGUUUCAUUGAUUCCCACUGUCACUUGGACCUUCUGUAUUCCAAGUUGUCUUUCCAAGGGACCUUUUCCAAAUUCAGAAAAGUUUACGGCAGUUCUUUCCCUAAGGAAUUUCAGGGCUGCAUCUCUGAUUUCUGUGAUCCUCGUACCCUAAAAUAUGGCCUAUGGGAAGAGCUAUUGAAAGACGAUCUGAUCUGGGGGGCCUUUGGCUGUCACCCUCAUUUUGCACGCUACUACGAUGACUAUCAAGAAAGAAAUGUCUUGCAAGCCUUACGGCACCCGAAGGCUGUGGCAUAUGGAGAAAUAGGCUUGGAUUACUCUUACAAGUGCACCACACCUAUCCCGGAGCAGUUCGAGGUAUUUGAGAGACAACUGGAGCUGGCUGUAUCUCUCAACCUCCCAUUGCUGAUCCACUGCCGAGAUGCUGAUAAAGAUCUACUGAGAAUCUUAAAGAAAGCUGUGCCCCCUGAUUACAAGAUCCACAGGCAUUGCUUCACUGGCAGUUACUCCGUCAUUGAGCCCCUGCUGAAGCAUUUCCCCAACCUGUAUGUGGGCUUCACAGCAAUCCUAACUUACAAUUCUGCCUGGCAGGCCAAAGAAGCUCUGAAAAAGAUCCCACUGGAAAGAAUUCUCGUUGAAACCGAUGCUCCGUACUUUCUCCCUCGUCAGUUUCCUAGAAGCGUCUGCCGGUAUUCCCACCCAGGUCUGGCCCUGUAUACUGUGCAAGAGAUCGCCAGAAUCAAGAAUGAGCCGCUUUCCCAUGUCUUAGUCACUCUGCAUGAGAAUACCCGUCGCCUCUACAAUCUUUAAUCCAAAAGGACACAGUCAGGAGUCUUCAAAAAAAGGGAGACCAGCAGCCUGACAAAAUACAGACUGAGCUCUGCCUGUGUCCCCUGUCAACGAUACAUUCAAGAUUCCAUGGAAAGAGAAAAAAAGGUAUCUUCCCAAAAACGUCUUCAUAAGACUUCUGCUUCUGGCUGGUAGGACUGGGUACACUGCGAUGGGAGGAGGGCUUAAGGAGAACAGCCCUUGCUGUUUUUAAGGUUCUACCUUCAGCCAAAAUGCUAGAUAGUAAAUAAGAAAGAGUUCUCU